GAUGGAACAUCAAAUCUUCUCUCUCAAUUUAUCUGUCAGUCAAAAGACAAUAAUGAUGUAGGAGAGAACUGUAGGAUUUGAGAAGUUAUUCCUUUUAAGACUGACAAGUUUCAGAAGGAAACUCUAACCUGCAGUCACAUUCCUUCGUGCUAAAAUACAGCAAGGAAAGUGCCGCAUAGAGUGGGAGUAGGUGGGGGACAGACAGCCGUCACUGGCAGCUAAAAGAGCUGCUGUACUGUUCAAGCCAGUGACAUCCUGCCAUUUGGAUGUUUUCUGUGCUGCUUUUUCUUAUAAUGUCUAUGAGCUGGUAGAUCAUUAACUUCUUUUUAAAUGUUUCUGUUCUCCUUUGGCUACUGCCACUUGAAAGAAAGAGUUCCUGUUCUAGCUCAGGCUGAAGGGAAGGCGGUGCUAAUAACAGGCUGUGACAAAGGUUUUGGACAUGCCUUGGCAAAACACCUUCAUGCAAAGGGAUUUACUGUUUUCGCUGGAUGCUUGCUCAUGGAUGAGAAUGGAGAUGGAGCCAGGGAGCUGAAGAACAUGAAGUCAGACCGCAUGAAAGUGCUACAGAUGGAUGUGUGCAGUGAUCAGGAGGUGGCUCAGGCUGUGGAUUUUGUGAAGAGGACCCUGAAGGAGCCAGAGAAAGGUUUGUGGGGCCUGGUGAACAACGCUGGCGUCUCAACCUUCGGAGAGGUGGAAUUUGCAAGUUUAGACAACUACAAGAAGGUGGCAGAGGUCAACCUGUGGGGCACUGUGAGGGUGACAAAGGCUUUCCUGCCCCUCAUUCGAAGAGCUAAAGGCCGUGUGGUGAAUAUCACAAGCAUGUUGGGACGGAUGGUGAGUCCAUCUCGCUCCUGCUAUUGCGUGUCCAAGUUUGGGGUGGCAGCCUUCUCCGACUGCCUGAGGCAGGAGAUGUACCGCUGGGGUGUCAGAGUCAUCCUCGUGGAGCCCAGUAACUUCGUGGCAGCGACCGGCAUCCUGACGGCAGAGGGCAUCGACAAACAGGCCGAGGCUCUGUGGGCCGGGGCCAGUGACACCGUGCGGGAGGACUAUGGGGGGGAGUAUUUCACUCGCCACGUGGCCAUGAUGAAGUCCUUUGUUAACAGUGGCCUGAAGGACAUGUCUCUGGUUGUGAAUGACAUCACUGAUGCGCUCACUUCCCCGUGCCCCAACAACCGCUACAAUCCCAUGGAGACCUACUGGUGGGUGAGGCUGCAGGUCAUGACCCACCUGCCCACGGCCAUUGCCGACUGGCUUUACAUCCCUGGAGCCACCCUGUAAAUGGCCAUCCUUCUGGCAUCCUUCCAGGGCUCGUGCUCACGCACAGGUUACAGCUCACCUCUGCACUCCUUGCUGAUGUGUCUCCCCUGUAGAUGCAGGAUUAUGGCUUCAAGUCGUGUCUUGUGGAAUGCUAGAGCAGCAUAGUUUUUUUGUUUCUUUUUUUUUCCUAAUUCUUUUUUGUAUUCCCUACUGUCCUGAUUAAAGUUGAAAGGUAUUUUCCUUUUAACUAGGAGGCAGAGGAAGGUUAACAUAAUGGAUCAAAUAUGUGGCUAGUGUAAUUGGGUCAGCAGAAUUCCCCCAGCGAUAAAUUUGGCUCAUUAAUGGGCUCUUGCUUUUCCUUACAAGGAUGACCUGCUAAUAGCAGAGCAAAGCUGUUGCUAUGAGAUGGCUCAAAGGGAAAAAUAAAAUGGGAAACCAAAGCAAAGUUUUCCUUUUGAUUGAAAAUGGGUCAGUCACAGCCUUCCAUUGUUUUUAUGAUACUGCUAGGAAGCUCUGCUGCACUGUGACUGUCUGCUCUUUCCAGGGAAACAGCCACACUGCCUCUAAAUAGCCUUAUUACCUAGCUGCAAAGAAGGGCUCUUCCCUCCCUGUGCUGUGGCCAGGAGAUGCCAGAGCAAACAACUGGGGAUAGGCUGAGCUGGUAAAAGCGCUUCUAAUAAUGAGUGAGGUCUGAGCCAUCCCUCAGUCAGUCCCUGUGGGUGCUGGGAUUUGCAGCCUCUCUCCACUUGCUGCUGCAGAGCUUUGCGGAACAAGGUUUAAGCUGAUGUAGCAAACAAAUUUGGCUCCUCUGACUGCUACCUUAGGUGCCUAAACUACUCAGCUGUGGUACCGACACUCCCCCUGCUUCCCUCACAUCCCUGUCCCAUCCAGACUCCCUCUUGCUGGUGAGGGAGCUGCUAUUGGCUUUCCCAAAUCAGUUUUUUGGUUUAAUCCUCUGUGCCUGAACAGUGACAGGACAGUGUGCAAGCAGCAUGACCUGACUAUGAGCUCUGGAAAGGUCCUUUAGGAGGCAUAUUUCUUACCUUUAAUAUUGCACAGUGAAAUCUGCAUGUCACACAAUCAUCUUCUCUGAGAACCUCCUGAUAACUGUUUUGGGCUACUUUUGCCCAGUAUCUCCAAGGGUCUCUCCUGUUGGCCAUAUACAGGAUUUCAAUAAUUUUUCCAAGUGCUGGGGCUGCCUGGCUUCAUGCCCUAUUCCCUCUGUUCCAGUGGUAACCACUGGUGGAGCAGCCAGCAGGCUGCGGGUGCUGCUGGCCAAGCUGGUACCCCACCCUCUUACUCUAGGGACCAGCUUUUCCUUCCACUGUUUUGCCUUAUGUGAGAUUCAGUGGCUGUGAAAAGAGCUUAUUGAUUGCUCUUUUUUCAUCUGUCUCUGCUAGCUCUGAUGUGGUAACUGUGCCUUAAAGUUUUUGAUUGCCACUGGCUGUAAAUUCUUGGAGUCUGCAUGCAGCCAUGAAUGCUGUGAUGCCUUGAGGAGGAAAGCAGACUUCCCUUGGAGAUGCUGUCAAAGCAGCUUGUAUUACAAGUAACAACUCCUGGAAAUACUGCUGUGAAGUUCUUUUUUAUUCCAGAUCAUCAGCACAUGGAGAUUCCCUGGGAUCCAGGACCUAGAAGGAUCCCACUGAACUGCAGCUUAAACAGUGUUUUAAUCACUUCUUCCCCCUGCACUGUGAAAUAUGAUUACUGCUAAGUAGCUCUGAUUUGCACAGAGAGAAAAAUAAACUGUGAGAUUUGUAAAGCAUA